CUUUGCGGCGUUGGUGGGUGGGACGAAGGAAAAACAUCCUCUCGACGCGGCGAAAACAAUUCGCGAGCGAACUAUCUAUACACCGCCACAAAUCUCGUCACCGCCUUCGCGACGUGUUUUCUCCUCAAUUCGUAAAUAUCGCUAUAGAUCAAAGGAGUGAAUCGUCAUGAAAUUUACGGUGGCUUCCAUCAGUGGUAGCAGCAGUGCAUCUCCCACCAGCAAUGGUGCCACAAAGGAAGACGUUGCCAAGCCCAAGAUUCCCCGGGGCCUUCGUGCUUUGCCAGCCGCUGCCGCGUCGAGCCGAGUUUCGCCCGGGUCGGAGCUUGGAAUGCUUCGAUCCGAGGCAUCUUCCAUUGACCAGUGGUGGAAAGAUCCGCGUUGGAAGAAUACCACUCGAGUGUACUCCUCAACGGACGUGGCUUGCUUGCGUCCUUCGGCUCAGGCACGCAAUAAUCUUCGCCAAGCCCCAGGCGUGUCCUUUUCUUCCCAGCAGUCGGACAAACUCUGGAGUCUUUUGGUCCAGUUGCAAGCCCGCAAGGGCUACUCGCAUACCUUUGGCGCACUCGAUCCGGUCCAGGUUACGCAAAUGGCACCGCAUCUCAGCAGUAUUUACGUUUCUGGCUGGCAGUGUUCGAGUACGGCGUCGUCGACGAACGAACCGGGUCCAGACUUUGCCGAUUACCCCAUGAACACGGUCCCGAACAAGGUCGAUCAGUUGGUCCGGGCGCAACUGCACCACGAUCGACGUCAACAACAGGAGCGCAGCGAAGCACUUUUGGCGGGUAAGGAUCCGGGACAGCCCGUCGAUUACUUGCGACCCAUUGUGGCGGACGCGGAUACCGGACACGGCGGCCUGUCAGCAGUGAUGAAACUCACCAAGCUCAUGGUGGAAGCGGGUGCGGCGGGUAUGCAUUUGGAAGAUCAGAAACCCGGCACGAAAAAGUGCGGACACAUGGGCGGCAAAGUUCUGGUGUCGACGCAGGAACACAUUGAUCGCCUCGUGGCGUCACGCUUGGCCUCCGAUAUUCUCGGCGUCAACUUGAUUUUGGUAGCCCGUACCGAUGCCGAAGCGGCAACUUUGUUGGAUAGCAACAUUGAUGGCCGGGACCACCCGUUUAUUCUCGGGGUCACUACUCCAGGAAUGCCGACGUUGCAAGACGCCGUGGCGAAAGCUCCUGCUGGACAGGCCAACCAGGUCACUACGGAAUGGACCAAGCAGGCUAAUCUUAUGACUUUUGGCGAGGCUGUCUUGGCGACAAUUCAGCGUUCAUCAAAGCCCGCCUACCAAAAGCGCCAGAUGGAGCAACGUUGGAUGGCUUCCAAUCCCAAUACGCUCAGCAAUGCUCAAGCCCGCCGUAUGGCAGACGAAAUUCUUGGACAAGCGAAUGCUGUCAAUUUCGACUGGGAAUCAUGUCGGGUCCGCGAAGGUUACUACCAGUUGCGCCCUGGCAUUGAAUAUUGCAUCCAACGUGCAAUCGCGUACGCUCCGUACGCAGACCUUAUCUGGAUGGAAACCAAGAUUCCCGCCAUUGACGAUGCUGCGCAGUUCAGUCGUGGCGUCCACGCUGUACACCCCCACCAAAUGCUGGCCUACAAUUUGAGCCCCAGUUUCAACUGGGACGCAUCAGGCAUGACAGAUUCACAAAUCGCGUCGUUCAAUGAUGAUUUGGGUCGUUUGGGGUAUGUCUGGCAGUUUAUCACACUGGCCGGUUUCCACGGCAACGGCCUUGUUAUGACGAAACUUGCUCGGGCGUAUGGAGAUCGGGGUAUGAUAGCUUACGUCGAGCAGAUCCAACGCCAGGAACGCAUCCACAAAGUGGAGCUAUUGACACAUCAAAAGUGGUCGGGCGCCGAGCUCGUUGACCAAAUGGUAAACGUCGCAUCCGGAGGUGUUUCUUCGACGGCCGCCAUGGGUGCGGGGGUGACCGAAGCUCAAUUCGGUCAUUAAUUGUGAAUAUACUGAGGCGUCUUCCAGUAUCCUACGCCAGGAAACCCGACAACAAUAGGUGGAUUUAGUGACAUAACACGUAUUCUAGGUAGGAUGAUUGAUGGUAACAAUAAGCUGCGAGACACUUAUUUG